AUUUAUUUCCUUUUUUCUCUUGCAUGGCCACUUCUAGAUCAUCCAGAGUUCAUUCUAGGCAUUCAUCAUCAAAAAGAAGACGCUCAGAAUCACCUAUAAAAUACAAGAAAAAGAAGAAAAGUUAUAGCGAUAGUGAUAGUAGUAGCAGAGAAAGUAGUCCCGACAAAAGACAUAAAAGACAUAAAAAGCAUAAAAAAUCGAAAAAGUCAAAAAAGAAGAGCAAGUCAUUAUCUAUUGGUGAUCAGUGGGGUAAAUAUGGUAUUAUCUAUGAGUCAGAUAUCUUUACAAAGGAACCAGAGUUUCAAGCUUGGUUGAUCGAAGUCAAGGAUGCAGACGUUGAGACAUUGAGUCAGAGUAAACGGAAAGAAAUGUUUAUAGAGUUUAUGGAAGAUUACAAUACUGCGACUUUACCUCAUAAGAAGUUUUAUAGUAUUGAAAAAUGGGAAAAGCGUCAACAGGCAAUCAGAAUGGGUGAACAGUAUGUUGAAGAGACAUUUGAUUUUGCAAAGGAUGAAGAAAGGUUAAGACAACACCAUAAACAGGCAGCUAAAGCCGCUGCUGCUUCUCGCCAACCUGCACUUCAGUUAUCAGAAGAUCAGAUCAAAGAACUAUCAAGGGUCAACAGAGAGCGUAUUGAAGCAGAUCGUAUGCGCAAGAUGGGAUUGACGCCAAAGGAAGGCAUGGGUGUCCGAUAUGAAGAGGUUGACUUAUGAAAAGCUCAAAUAAAUAGUUAGUACAAAUGAAUGUCAAUUAAACACGUACCAACCAAUGAAUGUGGCUCACAUAAAUAUAAAAGAGCCUUAUUGUCUAUUUCUGUAAGGGCGUAGCAUGUAGGCCCUUGAUCUUUUUAAUGCAGCUGAUUUAGGCUAAUAUCUUUUUUAAUAAAAGAAAGAAAGAGAGA